AUGAUGGGCGGUGCACACAUGAUGGGUUGGGAGCAGCAGCUGUGGACACACACGUCCAUGGUCAUGGUGGGCACAUCCAACCACAGCGACGCAGUCAUGUGCAGCAGCUCCGCUGUCACCAUCACCGUCAUCAUCGCCAUCGACUGCACAGCCGCCAUCAACCGGCCGACACCAGCCCCAAUCUGGCGUGAGGAAGACAUUGCACAUGUCAGCCGCUCUGACGAAGAGGAGGUGCAUGAAGCGGUGGAACCAACGACGAUGACGAUGAUGACGAGUGAUGAAGGUGAGAGGGGCGACUUAGAUGUGUAUGUGUGUGUGUCGUGCUUCUUCCGUCUCUCGUCUAUCUCCUCCUCGACCUCGUCGUCGUCAUCAUUUGUCAGUAGCAGCUUCGACCGUGGAUGUGGAGGUGAGAUGAAUGGCGGUGGUUGUGGUGGUGACGGGGUAAUGUGCGUCGAUGUGCCGUUGCCUCACAUGACGAUGACGAUGAUGGUGGUGAGUGGACGGUGGCCGUUCUCUUCCCAAGCCCUCAUGACACGAGCAGGGCGAUACACGCACACACAAUUGUGCGAGAGAAGAAGGCACAAGAUGAGACGUUGGCUGUGUGUGUGUGUGUGCGUGAUCGAGACAGCGGCCAACACAGGCAGGCAGACAUCUUGCUGUCGCUGCUGGGGGUGGUGGUGCUGUGAUGAUGGCCGUGCGUGUGCGUGUGCUGUGCAGCGUGUUUGGGGCUGCACCGAUGAGGACAAGGAAGGACACGGCUCGUGCCCACCACUCUUCCCCUUCAUCUCCUCUUUCUGCUCCAUCAGCGAUGAUGAUGGUGGCCGUGGCAUGUGAUUGGGGUUCCCUCGUUUUGGGUUCGCUGUGGCACAUUGGCUGGCU